AUGUUCGGGAAAUACUUUUGGGCUACAUCUCUCGUGCUACCGUUUGCGGUAUUCGGACAGAGACCAUUUGAGGGCUGUCAAACUGCAGAUGUUUGCUCUAAUGUGAAGUGUUUUGAUCCUGAUGACCCUGAAGUCACUUGCGAUGGAAUUGUCAUGCCGGACUUCGACUAUCCCUGCAAAUGUUGUCCUGUCACGUGCAUCAAAUACUUGAUCAACAAAAAUUGCAUCCGUUUGCGUGACGUUUACGACCAAGAAGUCUCCACUUGUGGGCCCAUGGGUGCCAGUGGUUAUCGUCCCUACUGCGAUGAUUUGGGGGACUUUGAAGGGAAACAAUGUGUUUCGGGUUCCAUUUGUUAUUGUGUUGACAAGGACGGUCAACGCAUCGACGGAGAAGCUUUGGAGUCGGAGGCUGGAGGGAUGGAUUGUAAUGAUUCGGAAUUGCACAAGACUCUGCCAAGAGACAGGCCUUGCACGAAACGGUUAAAAGAAUAUCUGGAAACUUUGCAAGACCCCUCGAAAUUCUGUGUGGACCCAGAAGGGAACCAGAUUGAAACUUUUAUGGGGGAUACAAGCACUCUGGCCGGUCAGAUCAUGAAUUGUCAAUGCGCGAGAUCCAGAUUUUGGGCGUCGGUGGGACUCGGGGUCAUGCCAACGUGUUGUCCGAAUGGAAAUUACAUGCCUUGGCAGUGCAAUGGACCGGUUUGCACCUGCGUGAAUUUAAUCACUGGCCAACCUUUCGGACCGAUCGUGGAAGAGUCUUCGAAAAAUGAUCUUUGCUGCUACAACGAAGAUCCUUGCGGAAUAAUUCCGGAUUUCAACGAGUGUUCCUCGCCGCCGAAUUUGGGAUGCUGAUUCGAGGAAGGAACAGCCAGAUAAUGACGAUGAAACCAAAAUAUAUAUUUUUUCGAACUGUUUUAACGAUCAAAGGCUUGUAAAAAUUGAGGAUUCACGUGAAACAUGAAGUCAAAAGUUUGGAAUGUGUUGAUUUAUUUUUCUGUAUAUGAAAUGGUAUCAAAAUAUAGAUUUGUUUUGUAAACGAAAGAACGAGAGUUG